ACAUCGGGGGCCCCAAAAACGCUCGUUCGCUCGCGACCGACAACGACGGACCAAAAACUUCGUCGUGAAUGGUAAAUGAAAAAAAAGAAAAAAAAAUAAAGUGCAGUUUUAACCCUACGCCAAAAUAAAAAAAAAACAAAAAAAAAUGCAAAGAAAUUAAACAACAAAAACAACACGGUAAAGCAAGUGCAAGUGGCAAACAUAAACAACGGCAGCGCCAGCAGCAAGAACAACUAAACAAACGCGGAUCAGUGUGCCCGUGUGUAUGUGUGCGUAUAUGUGUGUAGUACUGUGUUGUUAUUGCAUUGGUUAAAAAAAGAACACAAGGCAAUUGAAGCUUUUUGGAUGCGUGUAAAUCGUAACCGGUAAAAAAAAGUUAGCCGCCAAUCCCGCUGUGUCUUCGACCUCUUCCUUUUGCACUUCCACCGCGUCUCGGAUGCUGCAUGUGCAACAGUAAGCACGAGACGUAGUAAACAAUAACACCAAUAAUAUCAAAAAUAAUAAUAAUACUAAAAGACGCUGUGAACACGUUGUCCUGCCCCCGCCGCCUCUAUCAAUCUGGAGCAGCAUCAUGGACACUAUUUGUAGGCUGUGUUUUCAGACAGCGACGUUAUUCCAAGUGCCCGGCUAUAGCAUACCAACGUGCGUGCGCUGCUCGGAACAGUUGACAAGCAAUUCAAACUUCCAUCAAACGGUGCGAGGAGUGCAGGAUGCAGGCGCCGCUGCUUCUGUGGCGGCCGUUGCAGUAGCCGCUGCCGCUGCUGCCUCGACGGCAGCAAAUGACGCCACCGAUGCGGUGGCAGCGCAGUUGACAAAUGGCAGUGCUGUUGCUGCUGUUCUGCAAUUACAGCAACAGCAACAACAACAGCAGCAGCAGCAACAACAACAACAGCAGCAACAGCAACAAUUGCAAUCAUCGAGUUCUUCCGAGAAUCUCCAAUCGCAGGACGAUUCAGAAGAUGUGGAUCUGAUAUUCAACGAGGAGGGCUCCUGCCCGCUGUGCAACAAGACCUUCUCGCGCAAAUCCUCGCUCAUGACGCACAUACGAAAUCAUUCAGCGGAGCGCAAGUUUGUCUGCAGCUAUUGCCACAAAGGCUUUACGCAGGCAGCAAAUUUGCGCAACCACGAGCGCAUACACACAAAUGAUCGACCAUAUCAGUGCGUCGAUUGCGGCAAAACGUUUACCCAAAUCACAAAUUUGAACAAUCACCGACGAUUGCAUACGGGCGAAAGACCCUUUGUAUGCAAUGAGCCGGAAUGUGGACGAAGCUUUGCCCAGGUUACCAAUCUGAACAAUCACAUGAAGUCACACCACAAGGUCCAGCAAUACUGCUGCAACGUGUGCAGCAAGAAGUUCACACAGGUCACCUCACUCAAUCAGCAUCUGCAAGCGCAUGCCGGCGUCACCGGCUAUUAUUGUCCUCGAUGUCCGGAGAAGAACUUUAAGCUACAAUCGCAGCUGCAUACGCACAUGAAGACACAUGGACUGGCGUUUCCAUAUGAGUGCAGUAAAUGCGAUGAGAAAUUUCUGCAACAAUCGCAUCUCGAUCAGCAUUUGAAGAUGCACGAUGAGUUCAAAUUCAAAUGCGACAUUUGCCCCAGUAGCUUUAAUCAGGAGUCGCUGCUCAAGAAGCAUGUGCAGCGUCAUGUGGAGGGUCGCUACUUGAACUGCCCGGUGGCCAAUUGUGCCGAAUCGUUUGCGGUGCGACAGCAUCUAUCCAAGCAUUUGCUCACCAAUCACUCGCAUCACGAGCUGCCGCCACCGAAGCGCUCCAAAAAGACGAUCACACUGCAAUCGCCACAGCAACCGCUCGCCAUGAUUGGACAGCCGCUAUCGUUGCAACACACGACGGGGCAGCGUGGUCGACCGCCCAAAAACAAGAAAGCCACAUUGGCAGCCACGGCAAUUAAGAUCGAGAUCAAUGAGCCGUUGCACAGUCAGCAUAUUAUCAGCAGUGCCAGUGGCCUUUCCAUACAGCAGCAGAUCAAUCAGCACAUGCAGGCGCAACAGCAGCAGCAACAACAACAGCAACAGCAGCAACAACAACAGCAGCAGCAGCAGCAACAUCUUCAUCUGCCAAUGGGCCAAACGGUCAAGGCGCGCUUUAUACCCACAAAAUAAAAAUUAAAGAAAUCGAACGAGAGACAAAUGGGCUCGAGUUCGACUGCGACAGCGAAUGAAAGAAAAAAGAAGAGAGAGAAACAAACAACACGAGAGUGAGUGAAUCAGAAUGAGAGUGAGAGCGGACAUAUCUGCGGCUCAGUAAUUGUCUUCGAUCGGUCUGGCGUUAGCAUCUUCAUCAUAAUCUCCCCCAAAUCAACUCUAGCAAUAGUUACACAAAUUUUGAACAAAAUAGUAUCACAUAUCCAUGGAGCACAUACAUAACCAUAUAACCAUAUGCAAUAUACGAUAGCAAAUAGUUCAAAACUAUGCAAUGUGACUGUGCGCUGAAACGCUAGCUAGAACCCUUCAAAUGUUCCACAGAACUGCCCUAUAUUUGAAAAGAGGAAAAACAACAUUAUUUCAAGAAGAUCAUACAACAUUUAUUUAGUGACUCAUUUAUUCGAAUUGCUUUAACUUCUUUGUAGAUAUACAAUAUUGCUGAAGAUUAAGAUAUUACAAUUAUACCUAAAGUGUUUUAAAAGAGAGUCUUCAAACAAAUUAUGAAAGUUUCCUAUUUAAAAAAUAUGUUGUAUGAUACACAAACACCUCAAGAUGAGUAUAACCUUUUGCUAAUUUGAAAGGCAUGGAGCAAAAUAGAGUUCUAAUUUGCGAGCGUGCACCGUAGCAAGUAAACGUUAAUUGAAUACGAUAAUAAUCAAUGGUUCGGUGUGGGCGGAUCGCUUAGAUGCCAACUGUCAGUGGCGAUAUUGCUUGGACUGCAAUUGAGGCUGCUGGUUCGGUUUCUUCACGUCUUUCCGCUGCAGCCCCUGCUUGACGCCCGGCGCUCCACCCGCCCGUUCUGUCGCUUAACCAAAUCAUACAAAAA